CCCUACUAUCCUUAAAACAACCAAACAACCCCCUCCCCCUACACACGCUAUCAAAAUUCUCUCUUUCGUUCAAACGGGUUCUUGUGUCAUGACAUAGUACUGCUGUAUAAGCUUCACUUCUAGCAUUUUUCAGGAUGGAAGAUCAAAUUGUGGAGUGGAGAAUAGUGGAGCAUACUUCUUUAGAGGAAGAAGAAGAAGAAGAAGAAGAAGAAGAACAAGAAGAAGAAGAAGAAGAAGAAGAGGAGGAGGACAAUGAUUAUGAUUAUGAGGGGGAACUGAAAGAGAGUAAGAUGAGAUGGAUUGUGAACAAAGGAUUGUGGUUAGGGAAGAAGGUUAUGAUCACAGGUAUUGUUGUCUCUUCUGCACCAGUGGUUCUUCCUCCACUUAUUGUUAUUUCUGCACUUGGGUUUGCUUUUUCGGUCCCUUUUGGUCUUGCUUUUGUUGGUUAUACUUGUACUGAGAAGCUUAUGAACAAGUUGCUUCCAAGGUCAGAGCCACCUCUAUUAUUGGAAUAUGGGGAAAUGUAUGGCGAUGAAGAGGAAUAUGAUGAACAUUUAGGAGGAAAAGGUGCUGGUUUUGGUGGAGAAAUGGUGAUGGAAGAUGAGGAAAAGAAAGAAAUGGAGGAUGCAAAAGAAGGAGUUGAAAUGAGGAUUCGAUUGGUGAUGGACGAGAGCCGGGGAUAUGAAGAUAAAGACUUUGGAAGAGCUGAGGAAGAAAGAGAGAUCAAUGUAGACGAGGGUGGCAAAGAGGAAGGAUAUGAAGAAGAUGUGGGUGAAUACUUGGAAGGAGUGAAUGAGGGAGCAAUGAAGGAGAUAAAUUUGGAAACGGAACGAGGGAAAGAAGAAGAAAACUGGGAAUUUGAUGAGAAAAUUAAGAGAACUGAGGGUUUGGAUUUGGUGGCCAGAGAAGCCAGGGGAGAAAAUGAGGGUGAAAAAGAUGUUACUUUAACACCAGGUUUGCCAGAGAGGAAUUUGGUUGAGGUAUAUGUAGGUGAUGCAGCGAAGGAAGAUAACCGCAGCUUAGAGAAUUCAGAAGUAGUAGAGAAGCCAAUGGAACGCAAAGAUGAGAAAGUAGAUAGUCUUGUGAGAGAGAUUCAAGGAACAAAAAGUGAAACAGGGCCUGUGGUUAUUUCAGAAGAAAAGGAGAGUAUAGAAGUAACAAAGAAACCAAACAUCAGCAAAAGCUCAAAGAAACACCACAAAAAGAAGAAAGGAAAUGAAGGGGAAAAUGCUGCAAUAUUAGAGAAAGGGGAGGGGUUAAGCAACAAGCAGCAGGAAGAUAGUGAUGCGAAAAUGAUAGAAAUAAAAGGAGAGGUGAGGGAUGAAGUCAAGGUGAAGCAAGACGAGAAGCAUUUACCAGUGAAACGGGAGACGAAAGAAGGAAGAGACGAGGUCAAUCAAAGUGGUGUUUCCAAAAAGGCCAAGAAAGCUGCUGAGACGGAAAAAGCAUCUCCUGGAAGAAGAGAUGAGAGAACUGGCAAGGAUGUUGGGCAAGCUGCGAAUUCAACUAAGGAUCAUAAAGCAGUAUCCAAUGGCAAGCAUGUUGCUAAAGAUGCUUCUCGUUCAGUGGAAAGCAAGGAUAAGCCGGUGGCUGCAGAAGACGCUCAAAGGAAGGCAGACGGUGUCCAUGGGAACCUUCCAUCUGAAAGAAAAGGGACCACUGAUCAAAAGAAAAAUGGGAAUGCGAGUGGUGUUGCUCAUGUUCCUGGAAGAGCAGGGAUUCUUGACGCCAAACACACCAAGGAGUUCUUCAGUGAGGAGAUAAUAUGGGAGAAGAUAAAUGCAAUGAGAACAAUCGUUGGAUACGGAGCCGCACCUCAACCUUUGUUGGUAGAUGAACUAAAGGCUUUAUACAUCUUUACUGGAGUGGAGCCACCAUCUACGUUCAGGAACACAUCCGAAUUGGCAGAAGUGAAUGACAAGCUUCAGUUUCUUAUGUCGAUUGUGGGAAUAAAGUAAACUUUUAGUGCUUAGACUGGACUGUUCUCUUCGCCUUUUUUGUUGGUUUGUCAAAUUUGACCUUGUUACUGAGCUUGUGUAUCGUCAUACUAGAAAUUAUCUUGUUUUAUAAUCGUCAGCAUGAAUGUUUUACUAUGA